CUUUAUACCCCAAAGUGCAAGGAUUAGCCACCGUACAUACACCAGGAUUCACUAUAUUCCUUGACUGUUUGCUGCUCACCACAUUGUUCCUAAGUUUUGUGAUUGAAAAAGUCCAUACACUCCUUUCUCUGACCACAAAACUUCUUCCCGUCCUCCAGGCCACAUGCCUAGGAAAUCUGCUUCUACAUCCACAAUCAUGGACGACCGGUUACCUUCGAUAUGGUCCAACUUGGACCCUUCUUCUCGCUACUUUUCUCUCGAGUUCUUUCCUCCCAAAACCUCGUCAGGCUUCUCAAAUCUGCAAGCUCGUCUUGUUCGCAUGGCCCAGGGACUGCGACCACUCUUUGUCACGGUAACGUGGGGCGCUGGAGGCUCCACGGCGACCAAGUCAUUAGAGCUGGCGGAGAUAUGCCAGAGGCAAUUAGGCUUGACUACCGUCUUGCAUCUGACAUGCACAAACAUGAGGAGGAGCGCGGUAGAUGAAGCCUUGGAAGGAGCAAAGGAGGUGGGCAUCAGGAACAUACUCGCUCUUCGAGGCGAUCCACCGCGGGAAGAGUACAAGGACACAGAUGAAACAGGUAGCGGUGGCCAGGGCACCGACAGCAACCAAGACUUUGUCUGGGCCGUCGACUUGGUGCGAUACAUUCGUCGACAGUACGGCGACUACUUUUCCAUCGGCGUUGCUGGAUAUCCGGAAGGACAUGCGGAUGAAAACAACCCCGAGGUCGGGAAACAAAAUGUUGAACAUGACAUGCCAUAUCUUGCUGGAAAGACUGCUGCCGGAGCGGAUUUUAUCAUGACCCAACUCACCUAUGAUAUUCAGGCGUACCAGGCAUACGAGAAGAGACUGCGCGAGUACGUUGAUGAGAAAGGAGAGAGGCUAUUCGAGAAAAUCCCCAUCAUUCCUGGGUUGAUGCCCAUUCAGAGCUACCAAAUAAUCAAAAGGAUAACCAAGCUAAGCCACGCAAAGAUUCCUGGUAACAUUCUGGAGAGAAUAGAAGCUGUCAAGUCGGACGAUGAAGCUGUCAAACGGGUAGGGGUUGACAUACUCAGCGAAUUGGUCGAACAGAUGACCGAGCUACCGCAACCCGAAGGGGUUCCUCGAGGUUUUCAUUUUUACACUCUCAAUCUUGAAAAGUCGGUGGCCUUUAUUCUUGAGCGGACGGGUCUCAUCCCCCCGGUGAUUGAACAAGCUAGCCCAGCCUACUCAUCGGACAGUGAUGCCAUUAUCGACGAUGAGAAGCGACCUGGCUAUUCAGGAAACCAGAGGCCAGAUGGUGUCACAGGAGGGGAAUACAGCCACACACCACGCCACACGAAGCGGAGGACGAGCUCGGUGAACGCGCAGCCUCAUAACCGAGUAAUUCUUGAUGGUACCUCAAAAGCGCCUCACGGAUCGAAGGAUGCCGCUCAGCUCGGACGGUUAACCGCACCUAUGAUCUCCCGCCAUGAAGCUUCGGAUAAAGGCACAGGAAUUCCAGCGUCUGAGCCUACGAGGAAGCACAACCUCAUGAUCUCCGAGGGACAAGGGUCACUCGGGCGAGAGGCGACCUGGGAUGACUUCCCUAAUGGUCGAUGGGGCCCGUCGGAUUCUCCAGCCUUUGGCGAGAUCGAUGGCUAUGGACCAAGCCUCAAAGUCGGACCUAUCACAGCACGGAAGCUCUGGGGCCAUCCCAAGUCACACAAGGACAUCACUGAGCUAUUUAGGCGUCAUGUUGUAGGGGAACUGGAGGCGGUUCCUUGGAGUGACGAGAUGGACAUCGAUGGCGCUAGUAAUGGAGGCUCAGGACCUUUACGAGCUGAGACUCAAGUCAUCCGGAAAGAAUUGCUGGGUCUCAUUGAGACUAAGGGUUACUGGACUCUGGCAUCCCAACCAGCAGUCGACGGCGCGAGAAGUGAUGAUGAAAUCGUCGGCUGGGGUCCUCCUGGCGAGGGCUGGGUUUUUCAAAAAGCCUUUGUCGAAUUUUUCUGUCCGCGACAAGAGUGGGAGGAUCAUUUGAAGCCACUGUUGAUGGAAUACGAUGCGGGUACAUUGGGUUGGAUGAAGACAGAUGCCAGUGGGGUGUUUGAAUCUAGCGCAGACAGUGCACAACAAGACGUCGCCGAGAAGUCAACGUCGAAACACACUCCAGGGACAAGUGGUGUAAGCGCAGUAACCUGGGGUGUUUUCAGAAACCGAGAAAUAGUUACGCCGACCAUCAUUGAGAACGAAAGUUUCCGGGCCUGGGGUGAGGAGGCAUACAGUAUAUGGAGUGUCUGGAGGAGAUGUUUCCCUCGAGGAAGCGAUGAAGAGAAAUUUCUGGACAAGAUGAGGCAGGAAUUGGUCCUUGUCAACAUUGUUGGGAACAACUAUGCUGAAGGUCACGCUGGACGUGGUGGAGAGUUGUGGAAGAUCUUGUUGGACAAAAAAUAGGCCGUCGAAACAGUGACAGAAGACAACGGCCCAUCACGAUGGCCAGGAUCAUCUGCGCACCGGGCAUGAAUUACACCUACACUAUCAUUUUGAAGCGCCAGGUCACGCCCGAGAGGCAAGAACAUUGUACAACAUGGCGAAAGUAAUUCGGGGGGCAUGAUUACUUGACGCUGGAGAAGAUCGUUUCCGUGAAGACCAACCUCAAGCAUAUGACGGUCGGACGCGCGCCCAGGAUUAACAAAGUGAUGACGCUGUAGGCCACCACAACAGAAGAGCAGUGGUGGUUGAUUAGUAGCGUCCAAGCCCGGGAUCACCAGAAAAGAAAAGAUGAUACCAGUUCAACAGGUAGUCGACUGGAGAAAAUGCUUACUGCAAUCCAACACCCCAUUGUCAGGCGAGACGAGAA